UAUCCAGACACAUUUACCACACAGUACACGCAUUUGAGCAAUAAAUAACAGCCAAAUAAAAUUAAUUUCUUGACAAAAACAGACUCACGAAAAAUGUCUUCAAAUAACAGGUCCAUCCUAGACUUGAAUUUUCUACAAAAAAUUUCGGUCGCCAGUGGUCAUUUUAUAAACGAUAUCACGGCUUCGAUAUGGUUCUCCUAUUAUCUCCUGUACAUACAGGAAGUAGCCGGCCUAAGUUCGGAUUUGGGAGGAGGUCUGAUGCUGUUGGGUCAGAUUGUGGACGCCGUUUCGACACCGCUUGUUGGAUAUCUUGCAGACCGUGCUUGGGGCAGCGGAGGUUGUGGCUUUGGUCGACUCAAAACCUGUCAUCUUAUUGGAGUUGCAAUGGCUGUUAUCAGUUUCCCUGUAAUAUUCUGUCCUCCGAUCGGACUCGGCAAUAAUUCUUCCCAAACAGCUAUAAUGGCAUAUUACAUACCAUUUAUCAUAAUUUACGAGGUUUCUUGGGCUGCAGUGCAAAUUUCGCAUUUGGCCUACAUUCCAAAAACGAAUCCGGAUAUGUUUGUGAGGACGGAAAUUCUUAGCAUUCGGUAUGUCUUGAUGGUGAUUGCUAACGUUAUUGUGUUUCUUGUCACAUGGUACUCUGUGGGUAUGGAAAAAAAUUGUACCAUUGACAAGGGUGACGUAUUAGUAUUCCAAGAUCUUGCAGCUAUUGCGAUGGGAAUAGGAUUACUGACUGCUCUAUUCUUUUACAUUACAACAAAGGAAUAUGAUGAUCAAGAUGUGCGAGAUGCUGUGAUUAUCUGGAGACGGGAAGAAGCGGAAAAAAUUCAGUCAAACUCCAGUCAACAACCGACUUCUUCUGAAAGGACGCCUCUACUAAAUAGUGAAGGACAGCCUCAACCUCAACCCAGAAUUUCAAGUAGUAAUAAACGUAUCAGCCUAUCUACAAAAAAUCUUAACCCUGGCAAACCGAACAUGACCACUUUAGACUGGGUUAAAAGUCCGCAGUUUUUCAUGGUAGCUGUAGUCUAUAUUCCUGGCCGCCUAAUUAUCAAUGUACCUCAAGCAUUUCUACCUCUCUACUUGCAAAAGACAUUACAUCUCCCUUGCAAGAUGUUAGCCAUAUGCCCAUUAACCUACUUUUUAUCCGGGCUACUUGUUGCGACAACGAUGAAAAAGCUGGCUAAAUGGGUUGGAAAACAAAUGUCGUUUGGGUUUGGAAUCGUCCUAAAUGUUGUUGGAGCGUCCCUUAUUUUGUGGGGCGAGUGGGGUGAGGGUUCAUUUCUACGAGAGGCUGGAAUUUAUGGCGUCUUCGCGUUGUUGGGUGGGGGCGCUUCAGCCGGAAUGGUGACUGGAUUGUCAAUAACGGCCGAUUUGAUUGGGAACAAUGUUGAGAGCUCUGCAGUUGUGUACGGUUUCAUGAGCUUUUGCGAUAAGUUGACCUGUGGUGUUGCAAUUAUGCUAAUUAGCUUGUUUACUCCGGAAGGGGAGCGAGCUACUGCAUUUUUCCGAGACGUCGUAGCCUUUUCUUGUUUAGGUUGUUCUCUCCUAGCUGUCUUUGGCCUUUGUUGCAUCACAAUAUUGAUUUUUCUGAAAGGUGUCCAAGAAAGACAGCAGUCAACGCUGAUUGACAGUGGAAGAAAUUCUCACACAGAAAAUUGUUGACACAAAUUCGUAUAUGUAUUUCUUAAAUCACAAUAAAUUUUAUAGUGAAUGCAAAUAUA